UCCACACUGGAAGCACCCGCUGCCUCUUCAGUGAGGACCCGAAUGCAGAAACUGGCUGAAAGGAGGCGCCACUGGGAUGCGAGUGAUGAUGUGACAGCAUCCUCAGUGGAUCCACCUGAAGCCUGUGUCCUCUCGGUGCCUGCAGAGGACAGGCCUGCCUCCCCUCCUCGACCUGCCCCUUCGGGGGGCCCAGCCACCCCCCUUGGCAGAAGGGGCCGUCUGGCCAACCUUGCUGCUACUAUUUGCUCCUGGGAAGAUGACAUCAGUUACUCAUCUGCAAAACAAAACAGUGCCCGAGAACAGCCUGGUACCACUUGUUUAUCCAAACUUUCCUCUGCAAGUGGAGCAUCUGCUGGGAUCAAUAGCUUCAGUGUUGAGCAGGAAGCUGCAUGCUGUUCCCAGAGGGACGGUGCCGGGGCUUUGAAGAAAGGCUCUGCGAAAGCUGCAUCCCCAGUGAAACCUUCUGUCGCAUCCCGCACUGAGCUACAAAAUCCUGAGCGACUUCACAAAACCCGGGUUAGUCCUCUGAAAACAGAGGCCUCAAAACCAGCUGGGAAGUCAGCUGUGUCCCAGACAGUCCGACCCAGAGAAGAAUUAAAUCGAGAGAUUUCUCUGCAGUCUCAGCCUGACACCAAAUCUACAACACCAGGAGGUGCAGGGAUUAAGCCUUUCCUGGAACGCUUUGCAGAGCGUUGUCACGAGCACAGCAGAGAAAGCCCAGCUCGAAGCACACCCCACAGAACUCCUGUUAUCACCCCAAACACAAAGGCCAUCCAAGAAAGAUUAUUCAAGCAAAGCGCUUCUUUGUCCACCACUCAUGCAGCCCAACAGCUCAAGCAGGAACGUGAAAAAGAACUAGCAUGUCUUCGUGGCCGAUUUGACAGGGGAAAUUUAUGGAGUGCAGAAAAAGGUCAAAACUCAAGAAGCAAAGAAUCAGAAGCCAAACAGGAAAUUCACUGUCAGAACACUCCCCUCAAAAAACAUCAAGUUGUUUCAAAUAGUCCAACACUUGCAGUAACAGAAAAGGUGACUGAGAAUCAGACAUCAGUAGAACCUUCCAGUACACAGCCUACAGCUUCAGUUGAAUGUGAAAUGACGAAGUCUAGCCCUUUGAAAAUAACUUUGUUUUUAGAAGAGAAAAAGAAUUUAAAAGUAGCAUCAGACCCGGAGGCUGAGCAGCAGACUGAAGUGAUACGUGAAAUUGAGAUGAGUGUGGAUGAUGAUGACGAUAUCAAUAGUUCAAAAGUCAUUAAUGACAUCUUCAGUGAUGUCUUAGAGGCAGGUGAACUAGAUGUGGAAAGGAAUAAAGAAGAGAUGGCUCCAGAAGAAGCAGAGGGCACUGAGGAACAAGAAGAUGCACUGAAUAUCUCCUCCAUGUCCUUACUUGCUCCUUUAGUGCAGACAGUGGGUGUGAUAAGUCCAGAGAGCUUGGUUUCCUCGCCUGAGUUGGGAUCUAAGGAAACCAGCGUAAGUGAAAGUCCCAGGCCAGGAAAAUUCCAGAGGACCCGUGUUCCCCGAGCUGAGUCUGGUGAUAGCAUUGGCUCUGAGGAUCGCGACCUGCCUUACAGCAUUGAUGCAUAUAGAUCUCAAAGAUUCAAAGAAACAGAUCGACCUUCAAUUAAACAGGUGAUUGUGCGAAAGGAGGAUAUUACUUCAAAAUCGGAGGAAAAGAAUAAAGCCUUUUUAUGUCCAGUCAAUAUCAAACAGAAAAUGCAGGAACUCAAUAAUGAAAUCAAUCUCCAGCAAACAGUGAUCUAUCAAGCUAGCCAGGCUCUCAAUUGCUGUGUUGAUGAGGAGCAUGGCAAAGGGUCCUUGGAGGAAGCUGAGGCAGAGAGACUUCUUCUCAUUGCAACUGAGAAGAGAACACUGUUGGUUGAUGAGCUGAAUAAACUGAAGAAUGAAGGGCCUCAGAGGAAGAAUAAUAUGGCUGGUGGCUCCAGAUCCCGAAGUGAAUUCCUCCCAUCUAAAGGAUCAGUGACUUUGUCAGAAAUCCGCUUACCUUUAAAAGCUGACUUUGUCUGUGGUACAGUUCAGAAGCCAGAUGCAGCAAAUUACUAUUUCUUGAUUAUGCUCAAAGCGGGACCUGAAAACAUGGUGGCGACGCCUUUAGCAAGCACUGUGAGCUCUCUGAACGGAGAUGCUCUGACAUUCACCACGACCUUUACUCUCCAAGAUGUGUCCAAUGACUUUGAAAUUAAUAUUGAAGUUUACAGCCUGGUGCAAAAGAAAGAUACCUCAGGCCUUGAUAAGAAGAAAAAAGCAUAUAAAUCCAAGGCUAUUACUCCAAAGCGGCUUCUCACAUCUAUAACUACAAAAAGCAACCUUCAUUCUUCAGUUUUGGCCAGUCCAGGAGGCAUCAACGCUGUGCGGACCAGCAAUUUUGCCCUUGUGGGUUCUUACACGCUGUCACUGUCUUCAGUAGGAAACACUAAAUUCGCAUUGGACAAGAUAAAUUAUGAUGUAAAAGAGCGAGAGCUACUGGGCUAUAUGUUCCAGGAGAAGGUGCCCUUUCUAUGUCCUUUGGAAGGUCAUAUUUAUUUAAAAAUAAAAUGUCAAGUGAAUUCAAGUGUGGAAGAAAGAGGCUUUCUAACUAUAUUUGAAGACGUGAGUGGCUUUGGUGCCUGGCACAGGAGGUGGUGUGUUCUUUCUGAGAACUGUAUCUCUUACUGGACCUACCCGGACGACGAGAGACGGAAGAAUCCUAUAGGAAGGAUAAAUCUGGCCAAUUGUACUAGUCGUCAGAUAGAACCAGCCAACAGAGAAUUCUGUGCAAGACGCAAUACCUUUGAGCUGAUCACUGUCCGGCCGCAGAGAGAAGACGACCGAGAGACCCUGGUUAGCCAGUGCAGGGACACGCUCUGUGUCACCAAGAACUGGCUGUCUGCAGAUACCAAGGAGGAGCGGGAUCUCUGGAUGCAAAAACUCAAUCAAGUUCUUGUUGAUAUUCGGCUUUGGCAACCUGAUGCUUGCUAUAAACCUGUUGGAAAGCCUUAGACUGCGAUGGUCUCUGUGCCUUGUAGCAGAUUAGCAAGCUAAGUAAGUGAUAAACAGAGAUUAGGAGCAUCAGAUUACUGAUCGAAUUUUAUGCUUUAAAUGCAAAAAAGGGUGUGUGCCAAUAUUCACUACAUAUUAUGCAGUAUUUAUAUCCUUUGUGUGUAAAACUUAAAUUUAGUUUUCUUCUGUCAUAAAUGAUGGGAAGAGAAUUCAUUUUUUAAUCUAGUCUGUUUUGCUUAGUCUUAAUUUAAGAAGCCUUGAUUUCCUAGAAAUCGAGUUAUUCAAAUAUUCUUGAUUUAAAAAUUUUUUAUUUUAAACAAGAAAUUUUAAAUUGUUUUUUGGAGCUGCAGGUCUUGAAGGUAAGGUCCUCCAAGGGCGGAGGCAGAAGCUUCUGGAUGUUGGUGAUUCUUCUCUAAUCUCGGUACAUUUUUCCUAAAGAUUGUUAAUCAUGGCAUGUCUUUUUACUGGAGCACUGAAAAGAUUGCUAAGAGACCACACACAGCAGUUUCAUAACAGAGAUCUGGACUGUUUUUGAAUAGCACGUUUAUCUGAGUCUAAAGCUUGAAGCUGUCUUCAAACAAGAGAUUGGGGUGUAGGCACUACUAUGUACGUUUAAGAGUUUUAUUUAGAAGAUUGAAUAAGCAUAUGGUUUACCUUUGUUCAUUUACUACAGAUGCUGUGUGGUGCACAUUUUCAUAGAAUAUAGGCUUUUAAAAGUAUAGUUGCUGUAUGGCUUAUCCACUCCUCAAAAUACACUUGGCACAUUAGUUCUUUCUACUCUUGUAACAAGAGCAAAUUUAAAUUCAGAAAUGUUUAUAUAAAAGAAAACUUUACCAAGCUGCUAUGAACUAAUACUUUUCCUGCCAAAGUUCUUGUCUCUUUCUUUUUUCAUGUUCAUAUAUGAGAGUAUCUAGAAAUCUAUACAAAAUCAUUUGAAAAGCUGUUGUCAGGUAUUGUCCUUAAAAGCCUAAUAUUUUUUUUGUUUUAAAGUAUUGUUAAAACUUGGUCUCAGCUUUCAAAUAUCCUUUCAGUUUCUUGUCUGAAUUGUU